AUGGCUAAAGUUGUGAAGGCCAGUGAAGUCGCCGUUGCCCGGCGCGAGGCUGCAAGACGCCUGCAGCAAGAUCUCAAACUAAGCCUGGGCCAAGGUCAGAGCCUUCCCGAUAUGCUGAUGAUGGCGCCGCUAGCCAUCAAUCUGCUCGGACAGAUCAAGCUUCUAGCUUUCUCAGAUAAAGCAUUGUGCAUCCACUUGGAGGAGCCUAGGAGUGGUUUUCAACAUUUACAACGAAAAAUCCUCUCAAGUGCCAUGAUCCAAAUUGUUGAUCAAUCUGCCGACGCAUUUGACUCCGCGGAGAAGAACAUGCGCGCCAUCAGAAUGCAGACAAAUGUCAUGUUCGGGAAGACUGGCCAUGUCCAAACAAUUCUUAUGUGUCUACAAGAUCCGCGAUUGGCUAAGAGAAACCUUCUCAAUACCAUGAGCAGAUUUCAAGAAGAUAUGGAGACAUGCGCCAAACGGGCACAAGACACCGAGGCAAAAUUUGACGCCCUUGUCAAAUGUGCUGGCGAACUCAGCUUAGCUAUGGCAGAUGGGAUGGCAAUGGCGGAAUUGGAAAAGGUCAGGAUAGCACAGAAGGAAAUGGCAGCCAACGCACUAAAGGAGUGUCAGAAUAGCUGCCUCGCUCUUCUCGAGGCUCAAAUUCAAGAUGCUCAAUCCGAGUUUACGCAAGCCAGAGGCCAAUAUCAAAAGACUGCUGCUAAAGGUGAAAUCUCGGCUCUGGCCAUGGAAGUUGCCAUUGGCAGUGGGAGUAGUGUCAACGGUCUCGUCAACGCAACUAUAAAUAUUUUCAAGGAGACACCGAAAGUCGCCAUUGAGACCGUGAAAGCCGCUAGUGAGGCUGUGAAAACCGUUACUCAAUGGACUCCUAUCAAAAUCUACAAUACGCCACCAGCAGCCGCGUCAAUCCCUACAACUGCGAGGCCGAUCGAACAGAAUGCGGUCCCUAGCCAGCAACCAGCUACUCUGGGAAUUGACCCCGCUCUCUUUGCAGCUGAGCAGAUCGAAACGCAGUUACUUAACCUCGAUAGGCUACUAAACGAAGACCUGCUAGCCAUCGUUGAAGAUGGUGGAUUUGAGAUUACAGCCUGUGCUCAACGGCUUGGCGAUUUGAAGACAGGGCUGGGAGAAUUCCCUAGCAAACACACGUUGAGCGCCCGAGCCAUCUUAAAUGAAGCACUCGAUGUCACGACGGCAAUCUUAGCAAAAGGCAAGACAGAUAAGUCGAGGGGGGACCACGACGAAUGGAGUAAGAAGAUUAAUUUCUGGAAUAAUACCACGAGCUCCCUCUUGAACAGAGCAACGAAACUUCGAUCAUUCGCAGCCUCCCAGCCCGGUCAAGGAUUUGGAGGCUCCAUGGACUCGGCAGCCCUGAACGUACCACCGAGCAAUUCGAAUUACUCAAAGUUCCUCCGCCAACGGCACCAGAAACUCCUCAUAACCAGAGCCGCUAUGAACGAAGCUCGUAACAAUCUCGAAAGGGCGGUUCAGAAGCAACUUCAAGUAACAAAUCGAACCACCGAGAACGCGCGGGCGCUGAAGGAGCUCGAAUUCAAGGAAGCCACAAUGGAGGAUACGAAGAAGAUUCUGCGCAAGUCGAUUGAUAUCAUGACAGCAAUGCAAGACCAAGUACGACAGUUGACGGGCUUCUUCAACGCGCUGGCCAAUAUCAUCUCCAUUGUCUGCAAGGGCCACGCUGAGCAGUACCUCCAGACGAUCAAAGCGGGUAUCACAAAGCCAGGAGACCAGUUUACCCUUGCUUAUAGUGAGGCGCAGCUUCAGAUGAUCCGCGAGAGUGUCAUCACUCUGCGUGGCCACUUCAGCUUUGUGGUGCACUCGGUCGAUAUGUACCAGGAGAUUGCUACGACACAUAUCAACCCUUGCAUCCGCCUAGUUGCCAACCUACCUUUGAGUGCCGACUCUAACGAGCAGAAAAAAGCAAAAACAUUUCUCGAGAAGAGAACAGAGGAGAGCUCCAAGGCCAUACAGAAGCUCGCCAAGCAGGAGCUAGAAGCUUACCAUCGAGACUUUGAGAAACGAAUACAAGAGAUCGAGGAAGAGAUGGCGGCCCUUGGCCUUCCGGCUGCAGUAGAAGACGAAGAGAAUCUCAAGGCAAUUGAAGACGGCGUGAAAGAGUCAGGGGAGAAGAUUUCAGAAGAUCUUGAAGAGAUGGAUAACCUUUUAAACAUGGAAAUUUUAGACGAUCUCUAG